AGGAAAAGCGUUGCUCCCAGUUGAAGUUGGGUUCUGCAGCUGACUUCUCCCUGGACAUUACAGAGACUGACCUGUCUCUACUGACCGCCAGCAUCAAGGCCCCCUCUGGCCGCGACGAACCCUGCCUUCUCAAGAGACAGCCCAACAACCACAUCGGUAAGACCUGACCCCAACCCCUUCCAUCCAUCUUGCAUAGUAAAGUAGGUUUGCUUUAACUCUCUCGCUCUCGCUGUCUCUCUGUCUCUCUCUGUCUCUCUGUCUCUCUCUCUCUCUCUCCCCCCCUUCCCCCCUCAGGUAUCUCCUUCAUCCCGAGGGAGGUUGGGGAGCACCUGGUGAGCAUCAAGAAGAAUGGCCGCCAUGUUGCCAACAGCCCCAUCACCAUCAUGGUUGUGCAAUCAGAGAUCGGCGACGCCUCCAAGGUCAAGGUGUACGGACAGGGGCUGGUCGAGGGACACACCUUCGACAUGUCCGACUUUGUGGUCGACACACGAGAAGCUGGUGAGUGUCUGUCUUAAAUGGUUAUAGGUAUUACAACGGCCCAGGGUCGCCCCGCCUGACACUGUUACCGCCACCCACCUAAAAUAAUUAGUCUCCAAUUAAAACGUUUUCUUUAAGAGGCCAUGGGGGUGUUGAUUUGGGGGUAUUGGUGUCCUGCCUUCAUACGUCACUGCAUGCCUCUCACGCUUAACCUCACGUUCUUACAAGGAUGAGUUCCUGACCAAAGCCUAGUUACUGAGGCUCAGGGGGGUGGUUCUACGUCUUUGGAAAGUUAAAGGGGAUUAUUGCAGCAGUGCUUUUUAAAGGGAUGGUUACGUAGCACAUACUAUAGCUGGCCUAUGACUCCUAUACAUUAGAGAUUUAAGACCUAAUAGUGUGGCGAUGACGUGGCGAGUGUGGUUAGCUUGCGGUUAGCUGUUAGCGCACACACACACACACACACACACACACACACACACACACACACACACACACACACACGCGGUCAGCACGGUCUUUCUUCUCUGGUUCAGUUGGGAGCCGUGCUGACCGCAGCAUUUAAUUAUGUUCCCCAUUUUUUUUAUUGAUUCUCACACCUUCACACACACGUAACACGCAGUCUCUGGGGUGUCUCAGGUUCCGGUAAUGGUGGAUAACGUGAGGAAAUAACCGUUUCAGCCAAAACGUCUGGUAAAUGUUAUGGUUAAUUUAAUGUGAUAUAACGCUGUGGAGUCUACAGGAUGUUGUGGAGUCAGUGACUGACCGUGUCCCAAAUGGCACCCUAUUCCCUAUGUGGGUCCUGGUCUGAAGUAGUGCUCUAUUCCCUAUGGGUCCUGGUCAAAAGUAGUGCACUACAUAGGAAAUAGGGUGCCAUUUGGGAAGCAGUCAUUGUAAUUAGGUAGAGUAGUACAGGGUGAAGAACAGAACAGGGCUUCAGAGGGGAAUGGAUAUACAGGAAGAGAAUGGAUAUACAGGAAGAGAAUGGAUAUACAGGAAGAGAAUGGAUAUACAGGAAGAGAAUGGAUAUACAGGAAGAGAAUGAACUGAAUGGGUUUAGUUAUUUAACCUUUUAACACUGUAUUACGGGAAACCAACACUGUUCUUUCUGGAAACCAGAAAUGUGCUUUUGUUGUUACUAAGUUUAGUAUUUUCGUUGGCUGUAUGAUGUGAACACAAUAAUGUGUGGAUUUUACAUCCUGAUUUGUUUUUCCAAAGUGUCCAUCAUCUACAGCGUCAUGGUUUGUUAGAAAGCAUCAUUUGAUUUAGUCACAAUGGUUUCCUGACCAUUCGGGAACUGACACGACUCCUGAAUGCAUUGCUCACUCCCAGAAUUAUCUGUCUGACUGGUGUUGUGGUCCCCUAGGUUACGGGGGUCUGGGCCUGUCCAUCCAGGGUCUGACUGGUGUUGUGGUCCCCUAGGUUACGGGGGUCUGGGCCUGUCCAUCCAGGGUCUGACUGGUGUUGUGGUCCCCUAGGUUACGGGGGUCUGGGCCUGUCCAUCCAGGGUCUGACGGGUGUUGUGGUCCCCUAGGUUACGGGGGUCUGGGCCUGUCCAUCCAGGGUCUGACUGGUGUUGUCAUCCUCUCCCCCAGGUUACGGGGGUCUGGGCCUGUCCAUCCAGGGUCUAACUGGUGUUGUGGUCCCCUAGGUUACGGGGGUCUGGGCCUGUCCAUCCAGGGUCUAACUGGUGUUGUGGUCCCCUAGGUUACGGGGGUCUGGGCCUGUCCAUCCAGGGUCUGACUGGUGUUGUGGUCCCCUAGGUUACGGGGGUCUGGGCCUGUCCAUCCAGGGUCUGACUGGUGUUGUGGUCCCCUAGGUUACGGGGGUCUGGGCCUGUCCUCCAUGGUCUGACUGGUGUUGGUGGUCCCCUAGGUUACGGGGGUCUGGGCCUGUCCAUCCAGGGUCUGACGGGUGUUGUGGUCCCCUAGGUUACGGGGGUCUGGGCCUGUCCUUCCAGGGUCUGACUGGUGUUUGUGGUCCCCUAGGUUACGGGGGUCUGGGCCUGUCCAUCCAGGGUCUGACUGGUGUUGUGGUCCCCUAGGUUACGGGGGUCUGGGCCUGUCCUUCCAGGGUCUGACUGGUGUUGUCAUCCUCUCCCCCAGGUUACGGGGGUCUGGGCCUGUCCAUCCAGGGUCUGACUGGUGUUGUGGUCCCCUAGGUUACGGGGGGCUGGGCCUGUCCUUCCAGGGUCUGACUGGUGUUGUGGUCCCCUAGGUUACGGGGGUCUGGGCCUGUCCAUCCAGGGUCUGACUGGUGUUGUCAUCCUCUCCCCCAGGUUACGGGGGUCUGGCCUUAUCUGUUGAGGGGCCCAGUAAAGUGGACAUCCAGACCCAGGACAUGGAGGAUGGGACGUGUGGCGUCUCUUACUGCCCAUCAGAACCAGGCUCCUACAUCGUCUCCAUACGCUUCGCUGACGAACACGUGCCAGGUAAGACACUCUACACAUACAGUGGGGAAAAACACGUGCCAGGUAAGACACUCUACACAUACAGUGGGGGAAAACACGUGCCAGGUAAGACACUCUACACAUACAGUGGGGGAAAACACGUGCCAGGUAAGACACUCUACCUAUACAGUGGGGGAAAAAAGUAUUUAGUCAGCCACCAAUUGUGCAAGUUCUCCCACUUAAAAAGAUGAGAGAGGCCUGUAAUUUUCAUCAUAGGUACACGUCAACUAUGAUUGACAAAUUGAGAAAAAAAAAUCCAGAAAAUCACAUUGUAGGAUUUUUAUGAAUUUAUUUGCAAAUUAUGGUGGAAAAUAAGUAUUUGGUCACCUACAAACAAGCAAGAUUUCUGGCUUUCACAGACCUGUAACUUCUUCUUUAAGAGGCUCCUCUGUCCUCCACUCGUUACCUGUAUUAAUGGCACCUGUUUGAACUUGUUAUCAGUAUAAAAGACACCUGUCCACAACCUCAAACAGUCACACUCCAAACUCCACUAUGGCCAAGACCAAAGAGCUGUCAAAGGACACCAGAAACAAAAUUGUAGACCUGCACCAGGCUGGGAAGACUGAAUCUGCAAUAGGUAAGCAGCUUGGUUUGAAGAAAUCAACUGUGGGAGCAAUUAUUAGGAAAUGAAAGACAUACAAGACCACUGAUAAUCUCCCUCGAUCUGGGGCUCCACGCAAGAUCUCACCCCGUGGGGUCAAAAUGAUCACAAGAACGGUGAGCAAAAAUCCCAGAACCACACAGGGGGACCUAGUGAAUGACCUGCAGAGAGCUGGGACCAAAGUAACAAAGCCUACCAUCAGUAACACACUACGCCGCCAGGGACUCAAAUCCUGCAGUGCUAGACGUGUCCCCCUGCUUAAGUCAGUACAUGUCCAGGCCCGUCUGAAGUUUGCUAGAGUGCAUUUGGAUGAUCCAGAAGAGGAUUGGGAGAAUGUCAUAUGGUCAGAUGAAACCAAAAUAUAACUUUUUGGUAAAAACUCAACUCGUCGUGUUUGGAGGACAAAGAAUGCUGAGUUGCAUCCAAAGAACACCAUACCUACUGUGAAGCAUGGGGGUGGAAACAUCAUGCUUUGGGGCUGUUUUUCUGCAAAGGGACCAGGACGACUGAUCCGUGUAAAGGAAAGAAUGAAUGGGGCCAUGUAUCGUGAGAUUUUGAGUGAAAACCUCCUUCCAUCAGCAAGGGCAUUGAAGAUGAAACGUGGCUGGGUCUUUCAGCAUGACAAUGAUCCCAAACACACCGCCCGGGCAACGAAGGAGUGGCUUCGUAAUAAUUAUUUCAAGGUCCUGGAGUGGCCUAGCCAGUCUCCAGAUCUCAACCCCAUAGAAAAUCUUUGGAGGGAGUUGAAAGUCCGUGUUGCCCAGCGACAGCCCCAAAACAUCACUGCUCUAGAGGAGAUCUGCAUGGAGGAAUGGGCCAAAAUACCAGCAACAGUGUGUGAAAACCUUGUGAAGACUUACAGAAAACGUUUGACCCGUGUCAUUGCCAACAAAGGGUAUAUAACAAAGUAUUGAGAAACUUUUGUUAUUGACCAAAUACUUAUUUUCCACCAUAAUUUGCAAAUAAAUUCAUAAAAAAUCCUACAAUGUGAUUUUCUGGAUUUUUUUUCUCAUUUUGUCUGUCAUAGUUGACGUGUACCUAUGAUGAAAAUUACAGGCCUCUCAUCUUUUUAAGUGGGAGAACUUGCACAAUUGGUGGCUGACUAAAUACUUUUUUCCCCCACUGUAGCUAACUUAAUGUACCAGACACUUAGCUCUGCUGCUCUCUACCAAGAGUGAUUAGUGUCAACGUUCGUAAUGCCAUGAGGGGUAUCCUACCAGUCAGGUUUGAGGAGUUAGCGAGGUAGAGUUCAACACGGGAUAACCGGUCAUACGAAUGUGGCUCACCUUUUAGUCAGGUACAUUUCUAUCCUCCUGAUUCCUGUUUUUUUGCACAAAAUGAAAAUGUGGCACAGACUUGCCCACGGAUGAAUGUUUCAGCGUUCUCAAUGACGAGUUGGGCGUUCGACUAGCUAGGUGCUACAUGCCUGCUAGAGUUGGUGGCAGGCGGGAAAGUCAUUUCUACCGUCGUAGAACGGAUAAAGCCUGAGCUGGAAUGUGAAACUAACUGAAGCUGGUUAGCUCUUAGAAAACCCUGAGUAGAUCCAGCUUGCUUCGUAACUAACAUACCCCUAUGGUGGUGCAGCAGAGCUUGUAGUUGUGAAAUGUCAGUGUGAUCUAAUUUUAAAAUGGUACAAUGAUUUGAUUUUAAUAUAAAAUGAGGUUAUAGUGACUAUUGGCCCUGCUGUGUGUGUUUGUGGCCACAGGCAGCCCGUUCACAGUGAAGGUGACCGGAGAAGGCCGUAUCAGAGAGAGCGUCACCAGGCGACAGAAGGCUGCUUCCAUCGCUACCGUCGGUAGUGUCUGUGACCUCAACCUCAAGAUACCAGGUAAGAACACCUGUAGAAUAUAUUCCAAACCUGUUGUAUAUAACCUACAGACCAGUGGUUCCCAUCCUGUUAUAUAUAACCUACGGACCAGUGGUUCCCAUCCUGUUGUAUAUAACCUAUAGACCAGUGGUUCCCAUCCUGUUGUAUAUAACCUACAGACCAGUGGUUCCCAUCCUGUUGUAUAUAACCUACAGACCAGUGGUUCCCAUCCUGUUAUAUAUAACCUACGGACCAGUGGUUCCCAUCCUGUUGUAUAUAACCUAUAGACCAGUGGUUCCCAUCCUGUUGUAUAUAACCUACAGACCAGUGGUUCCCAUCCUGUUGUAUAUAACCUACAGACCAGUGGUUCCCAUCCUGUUGUAUAUAACCUACAGACCAGUGGGUCCCAUCCUGUUGUAUAUAACCUACAGACCAGUGGUUCCCAUCCUGUUAUAUAUAACCUAUAGACCAGUGGUUCCCAUCCUGUUGUAUAUAACCUACAGACCAGUGGUUCCCAUCCUGUUGUAUAUAACCUACAGACCAGUGGUUCCCAUCCUGUUGUAUAUAACCUACAGACCAGUGGUUCCCAUCCUGUUGUAUAUAACCUACAGACCAAUGGUUCCCAUCCUGUUGUAUAUAACCUACAGACCAGUGGUUCCCAUCCUGUUGUAUAUAACCUACAGACCAGUGGUUCCCAUCCUGUUGUAUAUAACCUACAGACCAGUGGUUCCCAUCCUGUUGUAUAUAACCUACAGACCAGUGGUUCCCAUCCUGUUGUAUAUAACCUACAGACCAGUGGUUCCCAUCCUGUUGUAUAUAACCUACAGACCAGUGGUUCCCAUCCUGUUGUAUAUAACCUAUAGACCAGUGGUUCCCAUCCUGUUGUAUAUAACCUACAGACCAGUGGUUCCCAUCCUGUUGUAUAUAACCUACAGACCAGUGGUUCCCAUUCUGUUGUAUAUAACCUACAGACCAGUGGUUCCCAUCCUGUUGUAUAUAACCUAUAGACCAGUGGUUCCCAUCCUGUUGUAUAUAACCUAUAGACCAGUGGUUCCCAUCCUGUUGUAUAUAACCUAUAGACCAGUGGUUCCCAUCCUGUUGUAUAUAACCUACAGACCAGUGGUUCCCAUCCUGUUAUAUAUAACCUACAGACCAGUGGUUCCCAUCCUGUUGUAUAUAACCUACAGACCAGUGGUUCCCAUCCUGUUGUAUAUAACCUACAGACCAGUGGUUCCCAUCCUGUUGUAUAUAACCUACAGACCAGUGGUUCCCAUCCUGUUGUAUAUAACCUACAGACCAGUGGUUCCCAUCCUGUUGUAUAUAACCUACAGACCAGUGGUUCCCAUCCUGUUGUAUAUAACCUAUAGACCAGUGGUUCCCAUCCUGUUGUAUAUAACCUACAGACCAGUGGUUCCCAUCCUGUUGUAUAUAACCUACAGACCAGUGGUUCCCAUCCUGUUGUAUAUAACCUAUAGACCAGUGGUUCCCAUCCUGUUGUAUAUAACCUACAGACCAGUGGUUCCCAUCCUGUUGUAUAUAACCUACAGACCAGUGGUUCCCAUCCUGUUGUAUAUAACCUACAGACCAGUGGUUCCCAUCCUGUUGUAUAUAACCUACGGACCAGUGGUUCCCAUCCUGUUGUAUAUAACCUACGGACCAGUGGUUCCCAUCCUGUUGUAUAUAACCUACAGACCAGUGGUUCCCAUCCUGUUGUAUAUAACCUACAGACCAGUGGUUCCCAUCCUGUUGUAUAUAACCUACAGACCAGUGGUUCCCAUCCUGUUGUAUAUAACCUACAGACCAGUGGUUCCCAUCCUGUUGUAUAUAACCUACAGACCAGUGGUUCCCAUCCUGUUGUAUAUAACCUACAGACCAGUGGUUUCCCAUCCUGUUGUAUAUAACCUACAGACCAGUGGUUCCCAUCCUGUUGUAUAUAACCUAUAGACCAGUGGUUCCCAUCCUGUUGUAUAUAACCUACAGACCAGUGGUUCCCAUCCUGUUGUAUAUAACCUACAGACCAGUGGUUCCCAUCCUGUUGUAUAUAACCUACGGACCAGUGGUUCACUCACUCACUCACUCACUCACUCACUCACUCACUCACUCACUCACUCACUCACUCACUCACUCACUCACUCACUCACUCACUCACUCACUCACUCUCUCUCUCACUGUCUCUCACGCUCUCUCAUAUAUUGUGGUUCUGUACCCACACGCCCGUCCAUGUUUAUAUAGGCCAGAGAGAUAGAGGGUUGGCCCAAACUGUAGUAUGAGAAUUGGACCGUAGAGGAUUUACUGCUGGCUAUCCCAAGGAGCAGGAAGGGCUGGAAGCUAACGUAUCGAUGACAGCAGGGUUAUAUCCCCAAUAUAGCGGAAGGGCUGGAUGCUAACGUAUCGAUGACAGCAGGGUUAUAUCCCCAAGGAGCAGGAAGGGCUGGAUGCUAACGUAUCGAUGACAGCCCGGUUAUAUCCCAAGGAGCAGGAUGGGCUGGAUGCUAACGUAUCGAUGACAGCAGGGUUAUAUCCCCAAUAUAGCGGAAGGGCUGGAAGCUAACGUAUCGAUGACAGCAGGGUUAUAUCCCAAGGAGCAGGAAGGGCUGGAAGCUAACGUAUCGAUGACAGCAGGGUUAUAUCCCCAAUAUAGCGGAAGGGCUGGAAGCUAACGUAUCGAUGACAGCAGGGUUAUAUUCCCAAUAUAGUGGAAGCCCUUUCUCUGUAGCAGUUUGCUGAUAUCGUGCUCUGGGUGUGGACUCAACCAACUGUCAGUUAACCUUUUGGUCACGGGGUUCCCUAUACUACUGAUGUCCCUAUUCUACAUGGGUCCUCAUUCUAGCUUUCAAAAUAUGUUUUAUUUUUCCUACUUUGCUUUUUCAUCUACUUUUCUAUUAAAUGUUUUUUCCUGAUGUUACUAUUUCCUUGACUUCUUUCUGUUACUGUUUACUGUACCUGGGCCUCUUUCUUUCUGUUACUGUUUACUGUACCUGGGCCUCUUUCUUUCUGUUACUGUUUACUGUACCUGGGCCUCUUUCUUUCUGUUACUGUUUACUGUACCUGGGCCUCUUUCUUUCUGUUACUGUUUACUGUACCUGGGCCUCUUUCUUUCUGUUACUGUUUACUGUACCUGGGCCUCUUUCUUUUCUGUUACUGUUUACUGUACCUGGGGCCUCUUUCUUUCUGUUACUGUUUACUGUACUGGGCUCUUUCUUUCUGUUACUGUUUACUGUACCUGGGCCUCUUUUCUUUCUGUUAUCUGUUUACUGUACCUGGGCCUCUUCUUUCUGUUACGGUUUACUGUACCUGGGGCCUCUUUCUUUCUGUUAUACUGUUUACUUGGACCUUGGGGGCCUCUUUCUUUCUGUUUAACUGUUUACUGUACCUGGGCCUCUUUUCUUUCUGUUACUGUGUUUACUGUACCUGGGGGGCCUCUUUCCUUUCUGUUACUGUUUUACUGUACCUGGACCUUCUUUUCUUUUCCAGCCCUGACUUCUCUUCCCUCUGACCCUGUUUCUUUCUCCUCCCCUCCUCGUCCCUCUCUCCCUGUUUUCUUCUUCUCCUCCCUGGGUUUUGUCCUUGCUCCGCCUCCUACCCCCUACCACCUCCUCCUCCUCCCUCUCCCUGUUUCUCCUCCUCCACCCCCUCCUCCUCCUCCCUCUCCCUGUUUCUCCUCCUCCACCCCCUCCUCCUCCUCCCUCUCCCUGUUUCUCCUCCACCUCCUCCUCCUCCUCCCUCCUCCCUCCCUGUUUCUCCUCUCCUCCUCCUCCUCCUCCUCCUCCCUCCUCCUCCUCCUCCUCCUCCCUCUCCCUGUUUCUCCUCCUAUAGUGACGUGGUUCCUUCUGGCUCUAUCCCAGGAAAUCCUCUAUGGUGUCUCUCCUAUAUGUCGCUCCCACUGCUCUGUGUGGCUGGGGAGCCGUGGAGGGCCCCCUGGUGGCAGAGGCAGGGUGGUGUCCAGGCUGUCUGGCCUAGUACUGGGCAGGGCCCCGGGCACGUGGAGGACCUCUGGUGCCACCCUGGUUCUAGGCAGGGACUCCACUGCUACUACCCUGGUACGGUGCAGGGCGGUGGGCAUGUGGAGCGCUGCUACCCCCCUGGCGAGGCCCACAGGGCUGGAGGGUGCGUUGAUAGCACUGGGCUUUCGGACGGCGAGGUUGGCAGAAUGAACGCACUCCAUCUUCAUUACAUGUCACCAGUGUGUAUGUGCCUUCACAUGCACCAACAGUCUCUUAAGAUUAUUCCAUUGUAUUUAAAGCUGCAUGUUUGUUUGGUUUCUUUUAUGUUCUGCUUUUAAAAGUGAAAUAUCGACAUUACCUGACUUUCUGGAGGGGGAGAGGGAGCGAGGGGGAGUGAAACUCUGACUCUCCCUACAGCCUGUUUCUCUCUCUGACUGACUGACUGUGAGUCUCCCUACAGCCUGUUUCUCUCUCUGACUGACUGUGAGUCUCCCUACAGCCUGUUUCUCUCUCUGACUGACUGUGAGUCUCCCUACAGCCUGUUUCUCUCUCUGACUGACUCUGACUCUCCCUACAGCCUGUUUCUCUCUCUGACUGACUGUGAGUCUCCCUACAGCCUGUUUCUCUCUCUGACUGACUGUGAGUCUCCCUACAGCCUGUUUCUCUCUCUGACUGACUCUGACUCUCCCUACAGCCUGUUUCUCUCUCUGACUGACUGACUGUGAGUCUCCCUACAGCCUGUUUCUCUCUCUGACUGACUGACUGUGAGUCUCCCUACAGCCUGUUUCUCUCUCUGACUGACUGUGAGUCUCCCUACAGCCUGUUUCUCUCUCUGACUGACUGACUGUGAGUCUCCCUACAGCCUGUUUCUCUCUCUGUGCUGUGGACUAAUACAUAAUAAUAAUAAUAAUAAUAAUAAUAAUAAUAAUAAUAUAAUAGUAUAUACAUCACCUCUCUCCCUCUCCCUUCUCCCCCUCCUUCUCCCCCCUCCUUCCUUCUGCCUCUCCCUCCCUCCAUUCUCUCCCUCUCUCUCCCCUCCUCUCUCUCUCCCCUCUCCUCUCUCCCUCCCCUCUCUCUCUCUCUUUCUCUACCUCUCUCUCUCCUUCUCUACCUCCUCAGAGAUAGACAUCCAUGAUGUGUCAGCCCAGGUAACCAGUCCCUCUGGCACCACAGAGAAGGCAGACAUGGAGGCGGUGGGGCCCGGCACCUACUGCGUACGCUUCGUGCCCAAUGAGAUGGGCAUUCACACCGUGGCUGUGAAAUACAGGGACCAGCACAUUCCUGGGAGCCCCUUCCAGUUCACUGUGGGGCCCCUGGGAGAGGGAGGGGCUGGGAAGGUCCAGGCAGGGGGGCCAGGCCUGGAGAAGGCAGAGUGUGGAGUACCAGGUAGAGAUAUAGAUGUAUAGCUCUCUUAUUCUCUCUUUAUCCAUCUCUUGAUCCUCUCCAUCUGUCUCUAAAUCGUUCCAUCUUUCCACAUCUCUCUCCACAUGGGGGACAAAUAUGACUCUAUAUAAUAUUGAUAACUAUGUCUCCUUCUCCUCCAUAGCGGAGUUCAGUAUCUGGACGCGGGAGGCUGGUGCCGGUGGUCUGUCCGUCGCGGUAGAGGGGCCCAGCAGAGCUGAGAUCUCCUUUGAAGACAGGAAAGAUGGAUCCUGUGGGGUGUCUUACAUAGCUCAAGAGCCUGGUAAGGACCCAGCCACCUGGUCACUGGAUCAACAAUCUAUCAGACAUUACAGUUUCAAAUGUCAUGUUGAAUUACAUUUACAUUUACAUUUUAGUCAUUUAUUCAAUUAGGGUUAAGUGCCUUGCUCAAGGGCACAUCGACAGAUUGAAUUCUUCUCUAUGCUCAAAUGUUGUUUUACUGCAUAUUUAGUUUCCCUGAGUUUUUACUGCAUAUUUAGUUUACCUGAGUUUUUACUGCAUAUUUAGUUUCCCUGAGUUUUACUGCAUAUUUAGUUUCCCUGAGUUUUUACUGCAUAUUUAGUUUCCCUGAGUUUUACUGCAUAUUUAGUUUCCCUGAGUUUUCCUGCGUAUCUUAAGGUAUAGUUGAAUGGGUCUUAUAAAGGUAAUAGUGUAACUGGUUGUGUCCCAAUACCUGUACUUGCGUUCUAAAUGGUAGGUAUUUUGGGUAUGCGAAUAAGUAACGUUUUAUAGUAUGUGAUUUUUAUUUUUAUUUUUAUGAGUAUACUUUAAAUGCCAGGAUGUCAUACUCAUUUCAGCUUCUCAUCUAGUAGAAUUCACUGAACACUAUUGAGGAACAGAAUCGUCUAUCGAGACCGACAUGUGUCUGACAACAGCUGAUAAUCAAAUCAAAUCACAUUUUAUUUGUCACAUGCGUCGAAUACAACAGGUGUAGACCUUACUGUGAAGUGCUUACUUAUAAGCCCUUAACCAACAAUGGAGUUUUAAGAAAGAGUUAAGAAAAUAUUUACUAAAUAAACUAAAGUAUAAAAUAAAAAGUAACACAAUAAAAUAACAAUAACGAGGCUAUAUACAGGGGGUACCGGUACCGAGUCAAUGUGCUGGGGUACAUGUUAGUCGAGGUCAUUUGUACAUGUAGGUAGGGGUAAAGUGAUUAUGCAUAGAUAAUAAACAGUGGGUAGCAGCAGUGUAAAAACAAAGGGGGGGGGGGGGGUCAAUGUAAAUAGUCUGGGUGGCCAUUUGAUUAAUUGUUCAGGAGUCUUAUGGCUUGGGGGUAGAAGCUGUUAAGGAGCCUUUUGGAUCUAGACUUGGCGCUCCGGUACCGCUUGCCAUACGGUAGCAGAGAGAACAGUCUAUGACUUGGGCCUUCCUCUGACACCGCCUAGUAUAUACACUACCAGUCAAAAGUUUGGACACACCUAUUAAUUAAAGGGUUUUUCUUUAUUUUUACUAUUUUCUACAUUGUAGAAAAAUAGUGACGACAUCAAAACUAUGAAAUAACACACAUGGAAUCAUGUAGUAACCCAAAAAGUGUUAAAUAAAUGAAAAUAUAUUUUAUAUUUGAGAUUCUUCAAAUAGCCACCCUUUGCCUUGAUGACAGCUUUGCACACUCUUGGCAUUCUCUCAACCAGCUUCAUGAGGUAGUCACCUGGAAUGCAUUUCAAUUAACAGGUGUGCGUUCUUAAAAGUUAAUUUGUGGAAUUUAUUUCCUUCUUAAUGUGUUUGAGCCAAUCAGUUGUUUUGUGACAAGGUAGGGUGGGUAUACAGAAGAUAGCCCUAUUUGGUAAAAGACCAAGUCCAUAUUAUGUCAAGAACAGCUCAAAUAAGCAAAGAGAAACGACAGUCCAUCAUUACUUUAAGACAUGAAGGUCAGUCAAUACGGAACAUUUCAAGAACUUUGAACGUUUCUUCAAGUGCAGUCGCAAAAACCAUCAAGCACUAUGAUGAAACUGGCUCUCAUGAGGACCGCCACAGGAAUGGAAGACCCAGAGUUACCUCUGCUGCAGAGGAUAAGUUAAUUAGAGUUACCAGCAUCAGAAAUUGCAGCCCAAAUAAAUGCUUCACAGAGUUCAAGUAACAGACACACCUCAACAUCAACUGUUCAGAGGGGACUGUGUGAAUCAGGCCUUCAUGGUUGAAUUGCUGCAAAGAAACCACUACUAAAGGACACCAAUAAGAAGAAAAGACUUGCUUGGGCCAAAAAACACGAGCAAUGGACAUUAGACCAUCCCAUCUGGUUUGGGCUUAGUGGGACUCAUUUGUUUUUCAACAGGACAAUGACCCAACACACCUCCAGGCUGUGUAAAGAUUAUUUUAUCAAGAAGGAGAGUGAUGGAGUGCUGCAUCAGAUGACCUGGCCUCCACAAUCCCCCGACCUCAACCCAAUUGAGAUGGUUUGGGAUGAGUCGGAAGGCAGAGUGAAGGAAAAUCAGCCAACAAGUGCUCAGCAUAUGUGGGAACUCCUUCAAGACUGUUGGAAAAGCAUUCCAGGUGAAGCUGGUUGAGAGAAUGCCAAGAGUGUGCAAAGCUGUCAAGGCAAAGGGUGGCUAUUUGAAGAACCUCAAAUAUAAAAUAUAUUUUGAUUUGUUUACUACAUGAUUCCGUAUGUGUUAUUUCAUAGUUUUGAUGUCUUCACUAUUAUUCUACAAUGUAGAAAAUAGUAAAAAUAAAAACCCUUGAAUGAGUAGGGGUGUCCAAACUUUAGACUGGUAGUGUAGGUCCUGGAUGGCAGGAAGCUUGGCCCCAGUGAUGUACUGGGCCGUACGCACUACCCUCUGUAGCGCCUCACGGUCGGAUGACGAGCAGUUGCCAUACCAGGCGGUGAUGCAACCAGUCAGGAUGCUCUCGAUGGUGCAGCUGUUGAACUUUUUGAGGAUCUGAGGACCCAUGCCAAAUCUUUUCAGUCUCCUGAGGGGGAAUAGGCGUUGUCGUGCCCUCUUCACGACUGUCUUGGUGUGUUUGGACCAUGAUAGUUUGUUGGUGAUGUGGACACCAAGGAACUUGAAACUCUCGACCCGCUCCACUACAGCCCCGUUGAUGAGAAUGGGGGUGUGUUCGGCCCUCCUUUUCCUGUAGUCCACGAUCAGCUCCUUUGUCUUGCUCACGUUGAGAUAGAGGUUGUUGUCCUGGCACCACUCUGCCAGGUCUCUGACCUCCUCCCUAUAGGCUGUCUCAUCGUUGUCGGUGAGCUGAGGGGAAGCGUUGUACCAAAAAUGAACCAAUGACGGGAAUCAAUGCAGUUGCGCAUUAAUGACACAUUCUCAGUAGGAGGAGCCUAGUAUGAUGAUAUUCUCAGUAGGAGGAGCCUAGUAUGAUGAUAUUCUCAGUAGGAGGAGCCUAGUAUGAUGAUAUUUGUUGUUUACUGCAUUCGUUUUUUCCCUAAACGUUGUAAAUAGUAUGUUGUUUAUGUAGGUAAUACACAAGCCAGAUUUCAGACAGCCAUGGUCUAUACAGUACUAUACCUUUUGUUGUUGUCAACACACACAUCUUUCUCUGCAGGUGACUAUGAGGUGUCUGUGAAGUUCAACGAGGAGCAUAUCCCAGACAGCCCGUACCUCGUGCCCGUCACGGCGCCAACGGACGACGCCCGCCGCCUCACUGUUGCUAGUCUUCAGGUGAGACACGAGGAGACACCUCCACACCUGCACCAUGUCCGCAGCUAUUUAGUUAGGAAAAAAAAAAAGAAGAAUGUUUGCAAGCUCCUAACACUUAUUCGUUCGUGAGUUGCACAACAAAUCUAUUCAGUUUCAACAUUUCCAGAGCUCCCUUGUAAAAAGAGAUUUGUAUCUCAAAUGGGACUCAAAUUGUUACAUCAACUUAAAAUAGAUUGAAUGGAGAUAUAAGAUAGUGGUGGGCCAAUCAGCUGUAUUAUCUUCUAUCAGAUUGAAUAAUGUGUUUUAAAUGGGAAUAAAGAACUACUGUAUGUUCCAAAGCCCUACUCCCAUAUCUUAAUGAGGCAUCACUAGUAUGGACUGGACCCACUGGACUCCAAAUGGUAUCAUGUUAGGGUUAUGGACUGGACCCACUGGACUCCAAAUGGUAUCAUGUUAGGGUUAUGGACUGGACCCACUGGACUCCAAAUGGUAUCAUGUUAGGGUUAUGGACUGGACCCACUGGACUCCAAAUGGUAUCAUGUUAGGGUUAUGGACUGGACCCACUGGACUCCAAAUGGUAUCAUGUUAGGGUUAUGGACUGGACCCACUGGACUCCAAAUGGUAUCAUGUUAGGGUUAUGGACUGGACCCAUUGGACUCCAAAUGGUAUCAUGUUAGGGUUAUGGACUGGACCCAUUGGACUCCAAAUGGUAUCAUGUUAGGGUUAUGGACUGGACCCACUGGACUCCAAAUGGUAUCAUGUUAGGGUUAUGGACUGGACCCACUGGACUCCAAAUGGUAUCAUGUUAGGGUUAUGGACUGGACCCACUGGACUCCAAAUGGUAUCAUGUUAGGGUUAUGGACUGGACCCACUGGACUCCAAAUGGUAUCAUGUUAGGGUUAUGGACUGGACCCAUUGGACUCCAAAUGGUAUCAUGUUAGGGUUAUGGACUGGACCCAUUGGACUCCAAAUGGUAUCAUGUUAGGGUUAUGGACUGGACCCACUGGACUCCAAAUGGUAUCAUGUUAGGGUUAUGGACUGGACCCACUGGACUCCAAAUGGUAUCAUGUUAGGGUUAUGGACUGGACCCAUUGGACUCCAAAUGGUAUCAUGUUAGGGUUAUGGACUGGACCCACUGGACUCCAAAUGGUAUCAUGUUAGGGUUAUGGACUGGACCCCACUGGACUCCAAAUGGUAUCAUGUUAGGGUUAUGGACUGGACCCACUGGACUCCAAAUGGUAUCAUGUUAGGGUUAUGGACUGGACCCACUGGACUCCAAAUGGUAUCAUGUUAGGGUUAUGGACUGGACCCAUUGGGCUCCAAAUGGUAUCAUGUUAGGGUUAUGGACUGGACCCAUUGGGCUCCAAAUGGUAUCAUGUUAGGGUUAUGGACUGGACCCAUUGGGCUCCAAAUGGUAUCAUGUUAGGGUUAUGGACUGGACCCAUUGGGCUCCAAAUGGUAUCAUGUUAGGGUUAUGGACUGGACCCAUUGGGCUCCAAAUGGUAUCAUGUUAGGGUUAUGGACUGGACCCAUUGGGCUCCAAAUGGUAUCAUGUUAGGGUUAUGGACUGGACCCACUGGACUCCAAAUGGUAUCAUGUUAGGGUUAUGGACUGGACCCAUUGGGCUCCAAAUGGUAUCAUGUUAGGGUUAUGGGCUGGACCCACUGGACUCCAAAUGGUAUCAUGUUAGGGUUAUGGACUGGACCCAUUGGGCUCCAAAUGGUAUCAUGUUAGGGUUAUGGGCUGGACCCACUGGACUCCAAAUGGUAUCAUGUUAGGGUUAUGGGCUGGACCCACUGGACUCCAAAUGGUAUCAUGUUAGGGUUAUGGGCUGGACCCACUGGACUCCAAAUGGUAUCAUGUUAGGGUUAUGGGCUGGACCCACUGGACUCCAAAUGGUAUCAUGUUAGGGUUAUGGACUGGACCCACUGGACUCCAAAUGACCAACAAUGUCACUUAAACCCUUUAAAGCCAACUUCCUGUUGGAGCUAGAAGGUGCACUUUAUACAGACUUACACACACAUACUCCAUGUACUUACAGCAAACAUGGAGGAGGUGAAUCCCAUAUUCAUUUUUCACUUGAUCUUGAUAGUCCCCACCUAGUAAGCCAAGCUGUUGUAUAUUAGCUGCAAUCUAUGGACCAUCGAUUGGUAAUUAUCCAAAUAAAGUGUGAGCUAAUCUAGAGCUUAGUUUUAUCUUGUUGUGAAUAGCUGCGGGACAUCCUUCAUACUCUGGUGUGGAACUCUGUGGUGUUUCUCUUGUGUUUCAUUUAAAGGCUUUUAACAGCAUCAACAUCAUUCCGGCUCUCUGCUUGGCUGGCUAAAGCAGAGAGAGGAAGACCCGCCCACCCCUUCAUACCUGUAGCCCCCGCCCACUCCUCAUACCUGUAGACCCCGCCCACCCUCAUACCUGUAGACCCCGCCCACUCCUCAUACCUGUAGACCCCGCCCACUCCUCAUACCUGUAGACCCCGCCCACUCCUCAUACCUGUAGACCCCGCCCCCACCUGGUUUAGUCUUCUAGAACCUUUUUAGUAACUUUAUUCUAGCUCUGUAGUAAUCCUGUCCUAACCCUAUAGACCUGUACUGUCUAUAGUAGAGUACCUACGAGGACUCAGGUCUACCUCUCUAGGCAUUAGCCGGUCCAAGGUGAGCACAGGUAAAAAUACAAUGGUAGUUAUUAGAUCCGUAGUGGUGUUCUGUGUUCUAAAGUGGUAUGAUGCAAGUGUUCACAUCCGAGUGGAGAUCAGCCUGAGCCAAGGUGCUGUGGCAGAUUUUUUGUUCAUCUUUGUUCAUGUGAAAGGAGCAUUGCAUGAGAAGUUGUUCAGAGUGCAAGGUGAUUUGUAGAUUCUGUGCAGCAAGAGUACUCGGGCUGACUGUCUCCAACAUGGGGAGUACCUUGAUUUAUAAAAUGGUAACGAAAAUUAUAAUGGCCUUGUAUUCUUGGGUCUGAGGUGGCAAUGCAAGCCACAACCUUGGCUGACCAAUCAGACCCGCGCUGAUGAUUGGUUCUCCAUGGGACACUCCCUCUGAUUGGGUGUGUAGAGCAUGUGGGAGGGGCUUCACUAACCUGUUGAUUGGCUGCCUCCAGGAGUCAGGCCUCAAGGUAAACCACCCAGCAUCCUUUGCGGUACAUCUGAACGGUGCCAAGGGAACCAUCGACGCCAAGGUCCACUCACCCUCCGGAGCUCUGGAGGAAUGUGCUGUGUCUCAACUGGAGCAAGGUGAGGCUUCCUAAGGGGAAUAAUAAUAUGUCCCUCAUUAUGUUAUAUGUCUAGCUGUUGAUAUGUCCCUCAUUAUGUUAUAUGUAUAGCUGUUGAUAUGUCCCUCAUUAUGUUAUGUCUAGCUGUUGAUAUGUCCCUCAUUAUGUUAUAUGUAAAGCUGUUGAUAUGUCCCUCAUUAUGUUAUAUGUCUAGCUGUUGAUAUGUCCCUCAUUAUGUUAUAUGUAAAGCUGUUGAUAUGUCCCUCAUUAUGUUAUAUGUAAAGCUGUUGAUAUGUCCCUCAUUAUGUUAUAUGUCUAGCUGUUGAUAUGUCCCUCAUUAUGUUAUAUGUCUAGCUGUUGAUAUGUCCCUCAUUAUGUUAUAUGUAAAGCUGUUGAUAUGUCCCUCAUUAUGUUAUAUGUCUAGCUGUUGAUAUGUCCCUCAUUAUGUUAUAUGUAAAGCUGUUGAUAUGUCCCUCAUUAUGUUAUAUGUCUAGCUGUUGAUAUGUCCCUCAUUAUGUUAUAUGUCUAGCUGUUGAUAUGUCCCUCAUUAUGUUAUAUGUAAAGCUGUUGAUAUGUCCCUCAUUAUGUUAUAUGUCUAGCUGUUGUUGAUAUGUCCCUCUUUAUGUUAUAUGUAAAGCUGUUGAUAUGUCCCUCAUUAUGUUAUAUGUAAAGCUGUUGAUAUGUCCCUCAUUAUGUUAUAUGUCUAGCUGUUGAUAUGUCCCUCAUUAUGUUAUAUGUAUAGCUGUUGAUAUGUCCCUCAUUAUGUUAUAUGUAUAGCUGUUGAUAUGACCCUCAUUGUUAUUGCCUUCAGAAAGUAUUCACACCCCUUGACUUUUUCCACAUUUUGUUGUGUUACAGCCUGAAUUUAAAUUUGACAUUAUGGGGUGACAACAAAUCUCAAUUUUAUCAAAGUGGAAUUAUGUUUUUUGAAAUUUGUACAAAUUAAUUACAAAUGUAAAGCUGAAGUAAGUAUUCAACCCCCCCUUUGUAUGGCAAGCCUAAAUAAGUUCAGGAGGAAGAAUUUGCUUAACAAGUCACAAAAUAAGUUGCAUGGACAUGAUUUUUGAAUGACUACCUCAUCUCUGUACCCCACACGUACAAUUAUUUGAAAGGUCCCUCAGUCGAACAGUGAAUUUCAAAACCAGAUUCAACCACAAUGACCAGGGAGAUUUCCCAAUGGCUCGCAAAGAAGGCCACCUAUUGGUAGAUUGGUAAAAAUAAUGCAGACAUUGAAUAUCCCCUUUGAGCAUGGUGUAGUUAUUAGACUUUGGAUGGUGUAUCAGUACACCUAGUCAAUGUGGAAUAAGUCAAGGGGAAUACUUUCGGAAGGCUCAGUAUAUGUAUAUGUCCAAUCCCUUAUUAGGAGUCUUGAUUAAACCAUUUAUCUGUUCCCUCCCCCCCCAGAUAAGUAUGCUAUCCGGUUCAUCCCGCGUGAGAACGGGCUCCACUCCAUCGAUGUCAAGUUCAACGGCAGCCACAUCCCCGGCAGCCCCUUCCAGGUGCGGGUGGGAGAGCCUGGGCAGAGCGGAGACGCAGGGCUGGUCACUGCACACGGAGCUGGACUGGAGAGAGGGACCACAGGUGACCUUGUUAUUGAUACCACCUUACUCUAACCUUGGUACCACCUUACUCUAACCUUAACACAGCCUUUCUUCAUUCUCUCCUAAGCAAUGGGACUACUACUACUACUACUACUACUACUACUACUACUACUACUACUACUACUACCACUACUACUACCACUACUACUACUACUACCACCACUACUACUACUACUACUACUACCACUACUACCACUACUACUACUACCACUACUACUACUACUACUACUACUACUACUACUACUACUACUACCACUACUACUACUACUACUACUACCACUACUACUACCACCACUACUACUACUACCACUACUACCACUACUACUACUAUUAUUAUUAUUAUUAUUAUUACUACUACUACUACUAUUACUACUACUACUACUACUACUACUAUUAUUACUACUACUACCACUACUAUUAGUAUUACUACUACUACUAUUACUAUUACUACUACCACCACCACUACUUCUACUACCACUACUAUUUCUAUUACUACUACUAUUAUUACUACCACCACCACCACCACCACCACCACUACUACUACUACCACCACUACUACUGCCACCACUACUCACUACUACUAUUACUACUACUACUACUGCCACUAACUACUACCCUACUACUACUACUACUACCACUACUACUACUCCUCCAUCUCUCUCUCCCUCCAUCUCUCUCUCUCCUCCCUCCAUCUCCUCUCUCUCCUCCCCCUCCCUCCAUCUCUCUCUCUCUCCCUCCCUCCCUCCAUCCUCUCUCCUCUCUCCCUCCAUCUCUCUCUCUCCCUCCACUCCCUCUUCUCUCUCUCUCCUCCCUCUCUCUCUCUCCUCCCUCCCUCCUCUCUCUCCACUCUCUCUCUCUCUCCCUCCAUCUCUCUCUCUCUCCCUCCAUCUCUCCUCUCUCUCCUCUCUCUCCCCUCCAUCUCUCCUCUCUCCCCUCCAUCUCCUGGUCUCUCCUCCCUUCUCUCUUCUCAUCUACUCUGCUCCCGUCCAUCUCUCUCCGUUCGUCUACUCUCAUCUCUGCCCUCCAGCCUCCUCAUCCUGGUUUCUAUUGUGUUUUAUUCAAUUGUCUGCACUCGACGCUCACACCUUGUUAACUUAUCUGUCCACAUGCACUAUGUCAGUUCGUUUUAAUGCUUGUUCUCUAUUCCUUUUCUGUCCCCAUUGAGCCCGCACCAUCACUCUCUGUUACCACCUUCAUUGUCCAAAAUAGCCUACUUUCAUGGUACAUUCUGGGUAUAAUAUAUCUCUCUAACCUGCCGGAUCAUCAAAUUAGGCUGCGUUCAACCUGUCUACUGUUGACCAACCUAUUACAUUAAAACAAGCUCACACUCGAACAUCACAAUGGAGUAGAAAAGGCCAGAGGUCUGGAUAACACCUGGCGCCACAUAACCGUUGGGCUGCGUCCCAAAUGGGUCCCCGUUUCCUACAUAGGGCGAUCGUCAGAAAGUAGUGUGCUGUGAGCCCUAGUUAAAAGUAGUGCACUAUGUAGGGAAUAGGGUGCCAUUUUGGAACGCAACCAAUGUUUAUGAGAGCUGUAGCGUUUGAAUGGAGGGUGAAGAAGAACAGGCUUGUUAUGGAGGAAACAUAAAUCAGGUCGUUACGGUGGUCUGGUGGCCUCAUGGUCUGAACUCCCAGCCUUUACAUUCUCUAUAUAUAGUGCGCUACUUUUGACUAGGGCCCAUAGGGAUCUGGUUAUAAGUAGUGCACUACGUAGGGAAUAGGGUGGCAUUUGGGAAGCAGACCCAGCUCUGUACAGACGACCUGGGUUCAAAUACUAUUCUAAAUCAUUUCAAAUAAUUAAGCUGGGCUUGACUGGCAGCGCUGGGUAUAUACACUACAUACUACAGUAGAUACUGCCCAGGCAGCGCUGGGUAUAUACAGUACAUACUACUGUAGAUACUGCCCAGGCAGCGCUGGGUAUAUACACUACAUACUACUGUAGAUGCUGCCCAGGCAGCGCUGGAUAUAUACAGUAGAUACUGCCCAGGCAGCGCUGGAUAUAUACAGUAGAUACUGCCCAGGCAGCGCUGGAUAUAUACACUACAUACUACAGUAGAUGCUGCCCAGGCAGCGCUGGAUAUAUACACUACAUACUACCGUAGAUACUGCCCAGGCAGCGCUGGGUAUAUACACUACAUACUACUGUAGAUACUGCCCAGGCAGCGCUGGAUAUAUACACUACAUACUACUGUAGAUACUGCCCAGGCAGCGCUGGGUAUAUACACUACAUACUACUGUAGAUGCUGCCCAGGCAGCGCUGGAUAUAUACAGUAGAUACUGCCCAGGCAGCGCUGGGUAUAUACACUACAUACUACUGUAGAUGCUGCCCAGGCAGCGCUGGAUAUAUACAGUAGAUACUGCCCAGGCAGCGCUGGGUAUAUACACUACAUACUACUGUAGAUGCUGCCCAGGCAGCGCUGGAUAUAUACACUACAUACUACAGUAGAUACUGCCCAGGCAGCGCUGGGUAUAUACACUACAUACUACCGUAGAUACUGCCCAGGCAGCGCUGGGUAUAUACACUACAUACUACAGUAGAUACUGCCCAGGCAGCGCUGGAUAUAUACACUACAUACUACUGUAGAUGCUGCCCAGGCAGCGCUGGAUAUAUACACUACAUACUACAGUAGAUACUGCCCAGGCAGUGCUGGAUAUAUACACUACAUACUACAGUAGAUGCUGCCCAGGCAGCGCUGGAUAUAUACAGUAGAUACUGCCCAGGCAGCGCUGGGUAUAUACACUACAUACUACAGUAGAUACUGCCCAGGCAGCGCUGGGUAUAUACACUACAUACUACCGUAGAUACUGCCCAGGCAGCGCUGGAUAUAUACACUACAUACUACUGUAGAUACUGCCCAGGCAGCGCUGGGUAUAUACACUACAUACUACAGUAGAUACUGCCCAGGCAGCGCUGGGUAUAUACACUACAUACUACAGUAGAUACUGCCCAGGCAGCGCUGGAUAUAUACACUACAUACUACAGUAGAUACUGCCCAGGCAGCGCUGGAUAUAUACACUACAUACUACUGUAGAUACUGCCCAGGCAGCGCUGGAUAUAUACACUACAUACUACAGUAGAUACUGCCCAGGCAGCGCUGGAUAUAUACACUACAUACUACUGUAGAUGCUGCCCAGGCAGCGCUGGAUAUAUACACUACAUACUACUGUAGAUGCUGCCCAGGCAGCGCUGGAUAUAUACACUACAUACUACUGUAGAUACUGCCCAGGCAGCGCUGGAUAUAUACACUACAUACUACAGUAGAUACUGCCCAGGCAGCGCUGGGUAUAUACACUACAUACUACAGUAGAUACUGCCCAGGCAGCGCUGGAUAUAUACACUACAUACUACAGUAGAUACUGCCCAGGCAGCGCUGGAUAUAUACAGUAGAUACUGCCCAGGCAGCGCUGGGUAUAUACACUACAUACUACAGUAGAUACUGCCCAGGCAGCGCUGGGUAUAUACACUACAUACUACCGUAGAUACUGCCCAGGCAGCGCUGGAUAUAUACACUACAUACUACAGUAGAUACUGCCCAGGCAGCGCUGGAUAUAUACACUACAUACUACAGUAGAUACUGCCCAGGCAGCGCUGGAUAUAUACAGUAGAUACUGCCCAGGCAGCGCUGGAUAUAUACACUACAUACUACAGUAGAUACUGCCCAGGCAGCGCUGGAUAUAUACACUACAUACUACAGUAGAUACUGCCCAGGCAGCGCUGGAUAUAUACACUACAUACUACAGUAGAUACUGCCCAGGCAGCGCUGGAUAUAUACACUACAUACUACUGUAGAUACUGCCCAGGCAGCGCUGGGUAUAUACACUACAUACUACAGUAGAUGCUGCCCAGGCAGCGCUGGAUAUAUACACUACAUACUACAGUAGAUACUGCCCAGGCAGCGCUGGAUAUAUACAGUAGAUACUGCCCAGGCAGCGCUGGGUAUAUACACUACAUACUACAGUAGAUCAGUGUCAGACAGAUUUAUAUAUUUUAUGUUUAGUGAGCAGACAUGCCAGAUAGACAGGUUUAUACCUCUUCUUCUGAUCUCAGUACAGUACAUAUGUCUGUGUGUCACAUGGCUGGUGAGGUUAAAUCAUUGGAGUAUGGGUGUGGAUGAGUCACAUGGUAACAAUAGUAGAUCCAGAUAUAUAUAUAUAUAUAUAUAUAUAGUAUAUAUAUAUAUAUAUAUAUAUAUAUAUAUAUAUAUAUAUAUAUAUAUAUAUAUAUAUAUAUAUGUAUAUAUAUAUAUAUAUAUAUAUAUACCUCAGGCCCAAAUAAAUGGAAUGGGUAAGUAAGGACUGUGGAUCUGGAACUGAUUGUGACAUAUGGCUGGAUCUACUGAACAGAUGACCUGGGACUUGGGGUUUCCCUCAGCAUAAGACCUCUUGGGUUCUGAAAACACCUGACAAACUUUCAUUUUGGAAUGUAACGUCUCUUUAACCUUGUCCUAACCAAUACUCAAACCUCCUGCGGGCCGGAUUCUGCUCCACCCCUGUCCUAAACCUACCUUAACCCUUUCUCUGUCUUGUCUCUAGGCCAGCAGUCAGAGUUCAUCAUCAACAACACCAAGGCGGGCCCCGGAGCCCUGGCGGUGACCAUCGAGGGUCCGUCCAAGGUCAAGAUGGACUGCCAGGAGUGUCCGGAGGGAUACAAGGUCCAGUACACUCCUAUGGCCCCCGGGAACUACCUGGUUUCCAUCAAAUAUGGAGGACCCAACCACAUCACUGGCAGCCCCUUCAAGGCCAAAGUCACAGGUAGGUCUGCAAUAGAAAGUCUUAACUAGGUCUGCAAUAGAACGUCUUAACUAGGUCUGCAAUAGAACGUCUUAACUAGGUCUGCAAUAGAACAUCUUAACUAGGUCUGCAAUAGAACGUCUUAACUAGGUCUGCAAUAGAACGUCUUAACUAGGUCUGCAAUAGAACGUCUUAACUAGGUCUGCAAUAGAACGUCUUAACUAGGUCUGCAAUAGAACGUCUUAACUAGGUCUGCAAUAGAAAGUCUUAACUAGGUCUGCAAUAGAAAGUCUUAACUAGGUCUGCAAUAGAACGUCUUAACUAGGUCUGCAAUAGAAAGUCUUAACUAGGUCUGCAAUAGAACGUCUUAACUAGGUCUGCAAUAGAAAGUCUUAACUAGGUCUGCAAUAGAACGUCUUAACUAGGUCUGCAAUAGAACGUCUUAACUAGGUCUGCAAUAGAACGUCUUAACUAGGUCUGCAAUAGAACGUCUUAACUAGGUCUGCAAUAGAACGUCUUAACUAGGUCUGCAAUAGAACGUCUUAACUAGGUCUGCAAUAGAAAGUCUUAACUAGGUCUGCAAUAGAAAGUCUUAACUAGGUCUGCAAUAGAACGUCUUAACUAGGUCUGCAAUAGAACGUCUUAACUAGGUCUGCAUAGAACGUCUUAACUAGGUCUGCAAUAGAAAGUCUUAACUAGGUCUGCAAUAGAAAGUCUUAACUAGGUCUGCAAUAGAACGUCUUAACUAGGUCUGCAAUAGAACGUCUUAACUAGGUCUGCAAUAGAACGUCUUAACUAGGUCUGGCAAUAGAACGUCUUAACUAGGUCUGCAAUAGAACGUCUUAACUAGGUCUGCAAUAGAACGUCUUAACUAGGUCUGCAAUAGAACGUCUUAACUAGGUCUGCAAUAGAACGUCUUAACUAGGUCUGCAAUAGAACGUCUUAACUAGGUCUGCAAUAGAACGUCUUAACUAGGUCUGCAAUAGAAUGUCUUAACUAGGUCUGCAAUAGAAAGUCUUAACUAGGUCUGCAAUAGAGCCAUAGAGAAUAGAGUGCCUUUUCAGACACAGGUUAUUGACUUGAAUCAAUCUCUUCCCUCCUCUCAGGUCAGCGCCUGGUGAAUGUGAGUAACGCCAGUGAGACGUCCUCCUUGAUGGUGGAGUCAGUAACCAAAUCAUCCAUGACCAACUCCCACAGCGCCCUGCCUCGCUCUGCCUCCGACGCCAGUAAGGUGGUCACCCGUGGCCCAGGGCUCAGCAAGGCCUACAUGGGCCAGAGGGCCAGCUUCUCUGUCGACUGCAGCAAGGCUGGUGAGGAGACAUUAUAUUACUAAAAGCGACUUUGGGUCCUUGAAAAGUCCUUAUUAUUAUUAUUAUUAUUAUUAUUAUUAUUAUUAUUAUUAUUAUUAUAACUAUUAUUAUUAUAAAUAUUCUUAUUACGAUUAUUAGUUAUUAUUAUUACUAUUUUUAUUAUUUUUAUUAUUAUUAUAACAUUAUUAUUAUAACUAUUGUUAUUGUAACUACUAUUAUUGUUCUAACUAUUGUUAUUAUUAUUAUAAUAACUUAUUAUUAUUAUUGUUAGUUAUUAUAACUAUUGUUAUUAUUAUUAUUAGUUAUGACAGACUACAUGACAGACUUGUUUGGCUACUAGAUUUGGGUUAGAAUGUGGUUACUGUGCUGGAUCCCUCUGGUUACUGUGCUGGAUCCCUCUGGUUACUGUGCUGGAUCCCUCUGGUUACUGUGCUGGAUCCCUCUGGUUACUGUGCUGGAUCCCUCUGGUUACUGUGCUGGAUCCCUCUGGUUACUGUGCUGGAUCCCUCUGGUUACUGUGCUGGAUCCCUCUGGUUACUGUGCUGGAUCCCUCUGGUUACUGUGCUGGAUCCCUCUGGUUACUGUGCUGGAUCCCUCUGGUUACUGUGCUGGAUCCCUCUGGUUACUGGGGCUGGAUCCCUCUGGUUACUGGGCUGGGAUCCCUCUGGUUACUGGGCUGGAUCCCUCUGGUUACUGUGCUGGAUCCCUCUGGUUACUGUGCUGGAUCCCUCUGGUUACUGUGCUGGAUCCCUCUGGUUACUGUGCUGGAUCCCCUCUGGUUACUGGGCUGGAUCCCUCUGGUUACUGGGCUGGAUCCCUCUGGUUACUGGGCUGGAUCCCUCUGGUUACUGGGCUGGAUCCCUCUGGUUACUGGGCUGGAUCCCUCUGGUUACUGGGCUGGAUCCCUCUGGUUACUGGGCUGGAUCCCUCUGGUUACUGUGCUGGAUCCCUCUGGUUACUGUGCUGGAUCCCUCUGGUUACUGUGCUGGAUCCCUCUGGUUACUGGGCUGGAUCCCUCUGGUUACUGUGCUGGAUCCCUCUGGUUACUGUGCUGGAUCCCUCUGGUUACUGUGCUGGAUCCCUCUGGUUACUGUGCUGGAUCCCUCUGGUUACUGGGCUGGAUCCCUCUGGUUACUGGGCUGGAUCCCUCUGGUUACUGGGCUGGAUCCCUCUGGUUACUGGGCUGGAUCCCUCUGGUUACUGGGCUGGAUCCCUCUGGUUACUGGGCUGGAUCCCUCUGGUUACUGGGCUGGAUCCCUCGGUACUGGGCUGGAUCCUCUGGUUACUGGGCUGGAUCCCUCUGGUUACUGGGCUGGAUCCCUCUGGUUACUGGGCUGGAUCCCUCUGGUACUGGUGGAUCCCUGGUACUGGGGAUCCCUCUGGUUACUGGGCUGAUCCUCUGGUUACUGGGCUGGAUCCCUCUGGUUACUGUGCUGGAUCCCUCUGGUUACUGUGCUGGAUCCCUCUCGUUACUGUGCUGGAUCCCUCUGGUUACUGUGCUGGAUCCCUCUGGUUACUUGCUGGAUCCCUCUGGUUACUGUGCUGGAUCCCUCUGGUUACUGUGCUGGAUCCCUCUGGUUACUGUGCUGGAUCCCUCUGGUUACUGUGCUGGAUCCCUCUGGUUACUGUGCUGGAUCCCUCUGGUUACUGUGCUGGAUCCCUCUGGUUACUGUGCUGGAUCCCUCUGGUUACUGUGCUGGAUCCCUCUGGUUACUGUGCUGGAUCCCUCUGGUUACUGUGCUGGAUCCCUCUGGUUACUGUGCUGGAUCCCUCUGGUUACUGUGCUGGAUCCCUCUGGUUACUGUGCUGGAUCCCUCUGGUUACUGUGCUGGAUCCCUCUGGUUACUGUGCUGGAUCCCUCUGGUUACUGUGCUGGAUCCCUCUGGUUACUGUGCUGGAUCCCUCUGGUUACUGUGCUGGAUCCCUCUGGUUACUGUGCUGGAUCCCUCUGGUUACUGGGCUGGAUCCCUCUGGUUACUGGGCUCUGGUUACUGGGCUGGAUCCCUCUGGUUUACUGGGCUGGAUCCCUCUGGUUACUGGGCUGGAUCCCUCUGGUUACUGGGCUGGAUCCCUCUGGUUACUGGGCUGGAUCCCUCUGGUUACUGGGCUGGAUCCCUCUGGUUACUGGGCUGGAUCCCUCUGGUUGGAUCCCUCUGGUUACUGGGCUGGAUCCCUCUGGUUACUGGGCUGGAUCCCUCUGGUUACUGGGCUGGAUCCCUCUGGUUACUGUGCUGGAUCCCUCUGGUUACUGUGCUGGAUCCCUCUGUUUCUUACUAAUAUUGUCAUAGUACUGUGUCAUCCGUAAUGCGAUGUGGGAGAGCAUUCCAACGCUGCUUUGUACAUUGGUUCUGGGUAACAUAUGCAUUGGCAACAUAAAUCAAUCAAUCGAUCAGUUAAUCAACAAAUAAAUCAUGUAAUCUCUGUGUCCUGUAGGUAAGAACAUGCUGCUGGUGGGAGUCCACGGCCCCCACAUCCCCUGUGAGGAGGUAUCAGUCAAACACAUGGGCAACAUGCAGUACAACGUCUCCUAUAUCCUAAAGGAGAAGGGCAACUACGUCCUGGCUGUCAAGUGGGGUGAGGACCACAUCCCCGGCUCCCCCUUCCAUGUCACCGUCCCCUAGAGACCUGGGGGAAGUCCCAAAUGGCACCCUAUUCCCUAUGUAGUGCACUACUUUGACCAGUACUGCAUGAGGAAUAGGGUGCACCUUACUGUCCUCUAUUCCCCCCUAUCCCAUCUGUCUACCAGACUGUCGAGGGGAGGAGCUACAUAUUUGUUGUUAAAACACAGAACCCCUUCCACACUUAAUUAAUACACCCAAUAUUAUGAAUGGAAAAAUUUGCACUCAACAAUAUUUUAUAAUAUACUUUAAGAAAAUUGAUGAUAUUGUUAUCGACUCAUUUUACAUAAUUAUGUCAAACAGGUUAACAGAACCCAAAUGAUUAAGUCAAGACUAAGUUUUAUUUACUACUGAUGGUUGUGGUCCUAAGAAUGUACAGCAACACUAUAGAUGUUAUCCUAUGUUUUUAGCCUAACCACCUAUGAUUCCAGGUCUAACUACGCUAACUGCUGCACAAGAUAACUAUUCAAUCAAUCUCUAAUUGUUCUGCUUCUUCAAACUGCUGUUUUUUUUUGGACUGGACUGUGAUGUCUAUGUGACUGUCUUUAUGUAUGGUGGGUUAAAAUGCGCUCUGCAAAAGCUGGAAUGUCCUGGGUUUGAACUGUCGUAUUCAGAUAUGUUCUUGGUUUGAACUGUCGUAUUCAGAUAUGUUCUUGGUUUGAACUGUCGUAUUCAGAUAUGUUCUUGGUUUGAACUGUCGUAUUCAGAUAUGUUCUUGGUUUGAACUGUCGUAUUCAGAUAUGUUCUUGGUUUGAACUGUCGUAUUCAGAUAUGUUCUGGGUUUGAACUGUCGUAUUCAGAUAUGUCCUGGGUUUGAACUGUCGUAUUCAGAUAUGUUCUUGGUUUAAGCUCUUACGUGUUGUAGCCAUGUGUGCUGUAGGUAAAGAGAUGCAACUGAACUAAAUGGUAGUCUACUCUCUUAACAAUGGACUUUGUAGUAAUCUGACUGGUUUCUGUUCAGCUUUUGAAUUUGAACUUAAACUGUGUACGUCAACUCUUCUCUUACCAAAAAACAAUCUGUCUGUCUCGAGGACUAUGCCUUCCCUGUCCUUUAUAACCUGUAUCUUCAGCAAUAACUAUUUUGAGAAAUAAAGAUGUAUUUGUACUUCUGAUGUCUGUUGUGUGUUAUUAUUUUGCUUAGUCAGUGCUAGUUUAGGUACACAAGGGAUUCAAGUCUUUUUGUAAAAGUGUUUUUAAAAGAGAGCUUUUGUCAUUUUGUAUUAGUAUUGGGUGGCUUAAUGUGAAAAUACAUGCCCAGAAAUGAUGUACAUUUGAUCAUUAAAAUAAACUGGUUGUGUGGGAGGACCCUCCACAACAAGCUGGUCUGUGGCUUACUGACACCCAUCUUCCUAUUAGAGUAUUCACAACGUUAUGGACAAUAUGCACAUUGGAAUGAAUAGGAAGACGGCCCAGCAAUUAUAAUAUGGACUGUGUUCGGAGAUGGUGACGUGGAACACAAGAUGGUGACGUGGAACACAAGAUGGUGACGUGGAACACAAGAUGGUGACGUGGAACACAUACAUGAUACAGUGCCUUCAGAAAGUAUGCACAGACCUUGACUUUUUCCACAUUUUGUUGUUACAGCCUGAAUUUUAAAUUGAUUCAAUUGAGAUUGUCACUGGCCUAUACCCCAUAAUGUUUUUACAAAUUAAAAUUAAAAGCUGAAAUGUCUUGAUUCAUUAAGUAUUCAACCCUUUUGUUAUGGCAAGCCUAAAUACAUUCAGGAGUAAAAAUGUGCUUAGAAAGUCAGAUAAGUUGCAUGGACUCACUCUGUGUGCAUAAUAGUGUUACACCUGAUUUUUUUGAAUUAUCUGUACCCCACACAUACAAUGAUCUGUAAGGUCCCUCAGUCGAGCAGUGAAUUUCAAACACAGAUUCAACCACAAAGACUAGGGAGGUUUUCCAAUGCCUCGCAAAGAAGGGCACCUAUUGGUAGAUGGGUAAAAAGCAGAUAUUGAAUAUCCCUUUGACCAUGGUGAAGUUAUUAAAUACACUUUGGAUUGUGUAUCAAUACACCCAGUCACUACAAAGAUAAAGGCAUCUUUCCUGACUCUGUUGCCGGAGAGGAAGGAAACUGCUCAGGGAUUUCACAAGUUGAAUGGCUGUGAUAUGAGAAAACUGAGGAUGAAUCAACAACGUUGUACACUGAAAUUGUUGCAUGUGGCGUUUAUUGUGUUAGUUACAGGAAAUGUGUCAAUUGAAAUGAAUAAAUUAGGCCCUGAUCUAUGGAUUUCACAUGACUGGGAAUACAGAUACACUACAUGACCAAAAGUAUGUGGGCACCUGCUCGUUAAGAUUUCCCUUCACUGGAACGAAGGGUCCUAGCCCGAACCAUGAAAAACAGCCCCAGACCAUUAUUCCUCCUCCACCAAACUUUACAGUUGGCACUAUGCAUUGGGGCAGGUAGCGUUCUCCUGGCAUCCGCCAAACCCAGAUUCGUCCAUCGGACUGCCAGAUGGUGAAGCGUGAUUCAUCACUCCAGAGAACGCAUUUCCACUGCUCCAGAGUCCAAUGGCGGCGAGCUUUACACCACUCCAGCCGACGCUUAGCAUUGCGCAUGGUGAUCUUAGGCUUGUGUGCGGCUGCUCGGCCAUGGAAACGCAUUUCAUGAAGCUCCCGACAAACAGUUAUUGUCCUGACGUUGCUUCCAGAGGCAGUUUGGAAUUCGGUAGUGAGUGUUGCAACUGAGGACAGAUGAUUUGUACGCGCUUCAGCACUCGGCGGUCCCGUUCUGUGAGCUUGUGUGGCCUACCACUUCGCGGCUGAGCCGUUGUUGCUCUUAGACGUUUCCACUUCACAAUAACAGCAUUUACAUUUGACCAGGUCAGCUCUAGCAGGGCAGAAAUUUGACGAACUGACUUGUUGGAAAGGUGGCAUCCUAUGACGGUGCCACUUUGAAAGUCACUGGGCUCUUCAGUACGGCCAUUCUACUGCGAAUGUUUGUCUAUGGAGAUUGCAUGGCUGUGUGCUCGAUUUUUACACCUGUCAGCAACGGGUGUGGCUGAAAUAGUAAAAUCCACUAAUUUGAAGGGGUUCACAUACUUUUGGAUAUAUAGUGUACCUUAAAAAAAAAAGUAGGGGUGUGGGUCAGAAAACCAGUCAGUAUCUGGUGUGACCAUUUGCCUCAUGCAGCGUGACACAUCUCCUUCGCAUAGAGCUGAUCAGGCUGUUGAUUGUGGCCUGUGGAAUGUUGUCCUACUCCUCUUCAAUGGCUGUGCAAAGUUGCUGGAUAUUGGCGGGAACUGGAACACGCUGUCGUACAUGUCGAUCCAGAACAUCCCAAACAUGCUCAAUGUGUGACAUGUCUGGUGAGUACGCAGGCCAUGGAAGAAAUGGGACGUUUCCAGCUUCCAGGAAUUGUGUACAGAUCCUUGCAACAUGGGCCCAUGCAUUAUCAUGCUGAAACAUGAUGUGAUGGCCGCGGAUGAAUGGUACGACAAUGGGCCUCAGGAACUCGUGAAGGUAUCUCUGUGCAUUCAAAUUGCCAUCGAUAAAAUGCAAUUGUGUUCAUUGUCCGUAGCUUAUGCCUGCCCAUACCAUAACCCCACCGCCACCAUGGGGCACUCUAUUCACAAUGUUGACGUCAGCAAACCACUCGCCUACACGUCUGCCCGGUACAGUUGAAUCCGGGUUUCAUCCAUGAAGAGCACACUUCUCCAACAUACCAGUGGCCAUCGAAGGUGAACAUUUGCCCACUGAAGUCGGUUACGAUGCAGAACUGCAAUCAGGUGAAGACCCUGGUGAGGACGACGAGCACGCAGAUGAGCUUCCCUGAGACGGUUUCUGACAGUUUGUGCAGAAAUUCUUUGGUUGUGCAAACCCACAGUUUCAUCAGCUGUCCAGGUGGCUGGUCUCAGACGAUCCCGCAGGUGAAGAAGCCGGAUGUGGAGGUCCUGGGUUGGUGUGGUUACACGUGGUCUGCGGUUGUGAGGCCGGUUAGAUGUACUGCCAAAUUCUCUAAAAUUAUGUUGGAGGUGGCUUAUGGUAAAGACAUGAACAUGCAAUUCUGGCUCUGGUGGAUAUUCCUGCAGUCAGCAUGCCAAUUGCACACUACCUCAACACUUGAGACAUCUAUGGCAUUGUGUUGUGUGACAAAACUGCACAUUUUAGAGUGGCUUUUUAUUGUACCCAACACAAGGUGCACCUGUGUAAUGAUCAUGCCGUUUAAUCAGCUUUUUGAAAUGCCACACCUGUCAGGUGGAUGGAUUAUCUUGGCAAAGAAGAAAUGCUCACUAACAGGGAUGUAAACAGAUUUGUGCAAAACAGUUGAGAGAAAUACGUUUUUUGUGCAUAUGGAAGAAUUCUUGGGUCUUUUAUUUCAGCUCAUGAAACAUGGGACCAACACUUUACAUGUUAGCGUUUUAUAUUUUGAUUCAGUGUAGUUACUCCACAAUACUAACUUAAUGACAGAGUGAAAAGAAGGACGCCUGUACAGAAUACAAGUAUACUAAGACAUCCUGUUUGCAAUAAGGCACUACAGUUGAAAGUUCCUGAGUGGCCUAGUUACAGUCAUGAACGGAGAGGCAGACGUGGAGGGGUCUAGGGGAACGGAGAGGCAGACGUGGAGGGGUCUGGGGGAACGGAGAGGCAGACGUGGAGGGGUCUUGGGGAACGGAGAGGCAGACGUGGAGGGGUCUGGGGGAACGGACGGAGAGGCAGACGUGGAGGGGUCUAGGGGAACGACGGAGAGGCAGACGUGGAGGUGUCUUGGGGAAGGAGGAGAGGCAGACGUGGAGGGGUCUAGGGGGGACGGAGAGGCAAGACGUGGAGGGGUCUUGGGGGAACGGACGAGAGGGCAGACGUGGAGGGGUCUUGGGGAACGGAGGAGGGCAGACGUGGAGGGGUCUAGGGGGACGGAGAGGCAGACGUGGAGGGGUCUUGGGGAACGGACGGAGAGGCAGACGUGGAGGGUUCUAGGGGGAACGGAGAGGCAUGACCGUGGAGGGGUCUUGGGGGAACGGAGAGCAGAACGUGGAGGGGUCUAGGGGAACGGAGAGGCAGAACGUGGAGGGGUCUGGGGGAACGGAGAGGCAGACGUGGAGGGGUCUAGGGGAACGGCGAGGCAGACGUGGAGGGUCUUGGGGAACGGAGAGGCAGACGUGGAGGGGGUCUUGGGGAACGGACGAGAGGCAGACGUGGAGGGGUCUUGGGGGAACGGAGAGCAGACGUGGAGGGGUCUGGGGAACGGAGAGGCAGACGUGGAGGGGUCUGGGGGGACGAGAGAGGCAGACGUGGAGGGGUUUUGGGGAACGGAGAGGCAAGACGUGGAGGGGUCUUGGGGAACGGACGAGAGGCAGACGUGGAGGGGUCUAGGGGAACGGACGGAGAGGAAGUGGAGGGGUCUGGGGAACGGAGAGGCAGACGUUGGAGGGGUC